GGCUCCAGUGGGUUGUCCGGUUCCCGUUUCCCCUGGGGCUGCCUCUCAUUAGUGUGAGUCGGGGAUGGGCAUAAAAACACUCCGGUUCAAUCUGAGUCUGGAAAAACCCUCCUUCAAAAUGACAACCAGAGUGUUCUGGCUCCUCUGCUUUGUCUUCAGAUCAUCUUCCAGCUCGGUGGCCGGAUCCCUGCCCUAUGCCGAGAAACCCAGUCAGACUCUGAGCAAAGACGCUUAUAGUUCCGCAGACGCCGCACCUGGCCAAGGGAAACUCCCCGCCUGGGGCACCAGAGAGAAUCACACACACCACUGGCGGCCCAGACCUCCCGGGGUCAUCUCCCUCUCAUCAGACAAAAAGAAACGCACCAAACCUUCUCUAGAAAACAGCACGGGGCUGAGGAAGCACCUCUGGCAGUAUGGAGGGGCCCUGGCGCUGGAGAGCCCGCCCGAGGGACCCUCUCCUGCCUCCCUGGACUUCAACCACGCGCACAGGAGGCCGGACAGACGGCCGGGCCAGGCUGCCAACAGCGUGUGGGCUCCUUUCCGUCACCCAGACUCUCCCUACCGACGGGUGACGUCCUCAGAGGAGUCAGAUAAUCCCAACACGCUGGAUCACUUCAACCGACCAGGCAAGGUCAUCCUCCAUAAACCCACCGAUCCCUUGAAAAAGGUCAUCAAACCCUCCUGGGCCACCAACCGCCAGCCGUCCAGCUCGCCUGACCACUUCAGCGUGCUCAAGAAGGUCUGUGUGCCUGUUCCAGACCCUGAUGAGAAGACGUGUCUGAGCGAGUGCAGGAAGGAGAGAGACGAGCUGGAGGCUUAUUGCACAAGCGAAUUCGUGAACGGAAUUGUUCAUAACGUGGAGAGCCUGGGGAACGGAGUCCAUUUGAUCACCCUGUUGGUAAACAGCGAUGGAUUAUACAAGACGAGUCGCCUGUAUAUUACUCCUGACGCCUUCUUCUUCCGCAUUCACAUCCUAGUUGUGGAUACUUUAAACUGCAGUAAACCGUGUCCAGACUUUAAACUUGGCAGUAGAUACAUCGUGAUGGGUCGGAUCUACCACAAGAGACGGCAGAUCCCCGCGAACCUGCUGCGGUUCCUGCGAGGCCGCCUGCGCCCGGGGGACGGUUUGCUGAGGAGCAGCAGCUACGUGAAGAGAUUCAAUAGGAAGAGGAAUCGCAAAGUGCAGGCGGCUCGCACCAAGUGUCCAUAAAGCUCCAGUGACCUCCGUCUGCGACACAGGCAGCAGAAUUCACCGACCAGGAUGACCCCGGCUGUGGUUCUCACCUCUGAAGCUGGUGGGGAGAGGACACUUGCUUUUGCUAGGUACCUAUAUACUGGGAAAUUUAGCACAGAAGUCAGUCUAGGGAAUGUUAACCGGUCAUGAAUUUGCUGUUUUCAGAGCCACGGGUUAUUAUUGCCUCCCCUGCUGUAAUGUACCCUGAUAAUCUGUAGUAAUUCUAAAGUAAAAUGCUAGAGGCAUUGUAGGUAAACAAGAAGUAACUACAGUUUCGUACCCCUUAUCCUUCAACAACCGUUAGAUGAUGCCAUCGCUGUAUCUGUUGAGAUGUCCACUGCACUUCACACAACUCUGCCUGAACUUUUACAUGCAUUUGUUUCAAAAGAAACCAACAAAACUAAGCGGCGUUUGUAUUGUUUUGGUAUCCUCAAACACGUCUGUAGCAGUGCUGCAUUUUCACACGAAGCGUACCAAAUAGCUGUGUAAUUAUUCCAGUAUAUGAAUACACUUACUGAAAGCAAACCAAGUCACUGCUCAACACAAAUGCCCCGUUAGGCUUCCAAAUAACGGCACGAGCUCACGCCAAGGAAUGCAGAAUAAACACGGCACCGCAGGCGCAUUUCCGAGCCCGGUGACACCGUCGCUUCCUUCAAAGUUCAGGCCUAGGACUGUGAACUAAAUGUCAUUGCCCCAUGAGAAAUACCGUCAAGUUUGUACUUGCACAUCAGUAAAGUUACUUUUCCAAUCAAAGAUAAAAUUUUUUAGUACCUCUAAUGUGGUGGGAUGUAAGAACCAAUAAAAGCUCUGUAAAGGGAA